GGUAGUGGGGAAGACUCAUUAGACCGGCUCCUGCCUGGCCCUCCUAUCACGGCCCCACGCAGGAAAAGCACAUCCCAGACUAAGACAGAGCCUCCCCUGCUUCGCACCGGCACACGCACCAUUUACACAGCCGGCAGACCCCCCUGGUACGAUGAGCAUGGUGCACAGUCCAAAGAGGCCUUCGUCAUCGGUACGACCGUUAUGGAUGUAUGCCUUAUUUUAUUGUCAGUGUGUGGAGUGUUAAUCGUGAAUUUUUGAUGUUGUAUGUGUAGUGUUGUAAUGGUCUUUCCUUAUUGUGUGACAUGUUGUUGUACUGAAACAUACAUGUGUUUGUCUGUGCAGGGUUGUGUGGGGGCAGUGCCUCAGGGAAGACCACAGUGGCCAAUAAGAUAAUCGAGGCUCUGGAUGUCCCCUGGGUAGUGCUGUUGUCCAUGGACUCCUUCUACAAGGUUAGAGACUGUCAUUCACUUGGCUUGCUUGAGAUUUAGCAUUUGGAGAUGCUACUGUAGGUUAAGGGGUUCCUCUCUGUUCCUCAUAACAGACUGGAGCCUUGUUGACAGACACCCUCGUGAUACUAUAUGAAUGAGUUUACCCACAAUCCCUCCCUCUUAAUGAUGUUAAUCACAUGUGAAGCACAUGAGGAAGAGACUGUCAACAGCCUGGGUAAUCCCCUCCCUCCCUCCCUCCCUCCCUCCCUCCCUCCCUCCCUCCCUCCCUCCCUCCCUCCCUCCCUCCCUCCCUCCCUCCCUCCCUCCCUCCCUCCCUCCCUCCCUUCUUCCUCCCUUCUUCCUUCCUUCCUUCCUUCCCUCCCUCCCUCCCUCCCUCCCUCCCUCCCUCCCUCCCUCCCUCCCUCCCUCCCUCCCUCCCUCCCUCCCUCCCUCCCUCCCUCCCUUCCUCCCUUCUUCCUUCCCUCCCUCCCUCCCUUCCGUCAUGUCUGUUUAUAGAACACCAGGGAACAACAUGCACCCUGUCCCAUGGACUCAACAUGCAAGCACACACACAUACAUGCACACGUAAACGAACGCACACACACAGUGUUGGGGAGUAACUGAUUACAUGUAAUCAGAUUUUUUUUAAACUCACUUUAAUCACUUACGUUACCAGCAACAAAUUGUAAACAGAUUACAGAUACUUUGGAAAAAUUAGUUGAUUACUUCAUAGAUUAGUUUUAAAUUCAGAAAGGAUGUUUGUGAAAAAAUACAUGAUGACACCUUUUCUCAAUGACAUUCAAUUCAGCAUGAAAAAAGGUGCAAGUUUAGGUUUGUUCCACCUGAGCGAGUCUGACCACAAAUCAAAGACCACUAUGAUGACACCAAAUUUUAUGGAUUAUUUUUGUUUUCUUCUAAUGCCUCUUAAGGGGAAAGUAAUCAAAAAGUAACUGAGAGUCAUCAGAUUACCUUACUGAGUUUGGGUAAUCCAAAAGUUACAUUACUGAUUACAAUGUUGGACAGGUAACUAGUAACUGUAACCGAUUACAUUUAGAAAGUAACCUACCCAACCCUGCACACACACUACAUGAGUAGGCAGAGUUACACUCUUUUUUUUACACAUUCACCUUUUCCCUUUACCCUGUGAAAGAUACCAUUGUGUUUCUGUGUCCAUCCUUCCCUGAAGUUUGUUCUCCCCUAGGUUCUGACCCCUGAGGAACAGACCCUGGCAGCCAGUAACGACUACAACUUUGACCACCCAGGGGCGUUUGACUUUGAGCUGCUGGUUGCCACCGUUAAGAGACUCAAACAGGGCAAGAGCGUGAAGAUCCCAGUGUAUGACUUCACUACACACGGCAGACAGAAAGACUGGGUGAGUGCAGAACUGGGAGGCCAUGUACCAAGGGAAAACUCUAGAUUCUCCUGAUAUAUUUAUCCACCGUUGGUAACAUUAUAAGAUGGGUAUAACUGGCAUCUGUUGCAGUUCUGAGCAUUUCUGUUGUCUGUCUCUCCCCUGUGUAGAAAACUGUGUAUGGUGCCAGUGUGGUCAUCUUUGAGGGGAUCAUGUCCUUUGCAGACAAAGAGCUUUUAGAGGUAAGGCUGUAUGAUCAUCACAUGUUUAUGACUUCUUUACUGAAACAGUUGAGUCAUUCGUGACUGCAAGGUACAGGAACAUAGUUCUCUAUUGCUGCUCUGUCUGUCUCCAGCUCCUAGACAUGAAGAUCUUUGUGGACACUGACUCAGACAUCCGACUGGUACGUCGGCUGCGCAGGGACAUCACAGAGCGCGGACGGGACAUCGAGGGGGUCAUCAAGCAGUACAACAAGUUUGUGAAGCCUGCGUUUGAGCAGUACAUUGAACCCUACAUUCGGUUGGCAGACAUCGUUGUGCCACGAGGUGAGAAAUGGAGCACUACCCAUUAGAAAGGUCAAAAGUGCAUUGUUUCUACAUUCUGCAUUUUGUGCAUCUGUCGAUCUCGAUAUAAUAUUUAGUAGCCAUUGGCAGCUAAUACCAAUAUGAAGGUAUAUAUUUCCUGCUGAUAUACUAUUGUUUCGUAGCCGAUAAUCUGUGCAGAUAUUGUUAAUUGUGAGGAAUCCAUUUGAGCUAGCGAAUUGUUUCUCUCCAAAUGAAAAUAUGUUGUUUCCUAGUGAAAAUAUGAUUCCCUCUCCCAGGUGGUGGUAACAUGGUGGCCAUUGACCUGAUUGUCCAGCAUGUCCACAAGCAGAUGGAGGAGGUGAGUGAGCCACAGAACACUAUACUCAGUAGACUGUAUAUACAUUGAGUGUACAAAACAUUAGGAACACCUUCUCUUUCCAUGACAGACUGACCAGGUGAAUCCAGGUGAAAGCUGUGAUCCCUUAUUGUCUCUCUCUCUCUCUCUCUUUCACUCUCUCUCUCGCUCUCUCUCUCUUUCUCUCUCUCUCGUUCUCUCUCGUUCUCUCUCGCUCGCUCUCGCUCUCUCUCCUUCUCUCUCUCGCUCUCUUUCUCUCUCUCUCGCUCUCUCUCCUUCUCUCUCUCUUUUGCUCUCGCUUUCCCUCUCUCUUUCUCUCUCUCUUUGUGCAGCGUGAGCUCAGUGUCAGGUAGGCUUACACAUCUCUUAGACCUCCUCCCUCCCUCCCUUCCCUGUAUGUGAGAUUUUGUAAGGGUUUUAUUCACAAUUCCCCCACCAAGUGUCUCAAGGUGACUACAUGGUUUCCUUUUAUUAAAGAACUAGUGGGAGAGCAGAAUAGUGUCUUGUCAUUGUCACCUAUUCAAAUGUAUUCUCCUUUGUGAUGUUUACUCCAGGGCAGUCCUGGCCUCGGCCCAGAAGACUCAGCCCCUCCCCCAGACCCUCAGUGUGUUGGAGGGUACGCCCCAGGUUAAAGGCCUGCACACCAUCAUCAGGUCAGAUCACGGUCAAAUAGAGCCAGUCUAGAAUCAACACACACUUGUUUUUUUCUCAUUCUCCUCCAACUCAUUUGUCUAAUCCAGGAAUCAGGAGACCAGUCGAGACGAGUUCAUCUUCUACUCCAAGAGGUUGAUGCGUCUCCUUAUUGAACAUGCUCUAACAUUCCUGCCCUCUCAGGUAUGUGGACAUUAUUUGCCAAUGUUUAUAGUGGAUUUUAUUGUAAUAUGUUAUUUUGUUAUAUAUGAUUAGACAUAAUGUCACUGACUUCAUCCCUAUUGUAUGAUGUCACAGCCCUGCACGGUACAGACCCCACAGGGCCAGGAGUAUGAGGGGAAAAGUAGCUUCAGUGGAAAAGGGGUGGGUACUAUACAAUCAUUGGUACUACUCCUAUUUCCCUGCACUGUGUUUGGUAUUUAUUUCUAAUAGUAUAGAUUUUGUGUGUUUGUAACCAUGCUGAAGCUCUGUCCUCCUCCCCCCAGAUCACAGGUGUGUCUAUCCUGCGGGCAGGGGAGACCAUGGAGCCUGCUCUGAGGGCGGUGUGUAAGGACGUCCGCAUCGGCAAGAUCCUCAUCCAGACCAACCUGGACUCAGGAGAACCAGAGGUACUUUAGAAAGUAACAGAAUAGAAUGGAAUAGAUCUUUAUUGGCUGAAGAGAGGAGAACGGGUCCUGUUUAGAAUAGUUACACUUACUGUAUAUCCACCUCACCUGGUGUCUCCCUAGUAACCAGAUCUGCCUCCUCUUCCUGAUCGUAUCUCUGUGGUAACCCUGUUUCUCCUUCAUCCCGUCCAGCUGCAUUACCUGCGUCUGCCCAAAGACAUCAGUGAGGACCAUGUCAUUCUAAUGGACAGCACUGUGUCUACAGGCGCUGCAGCCAUGAUGGCUGUACGGGUCCUAUUGGUAAGGUGGCAAUAAUAGACAUCCCCAUCCCAUAAUAACAGAGAGCCCCUGUCUUCAUGAUUAAUCACUCAUUGUUAUAGUAACCAUAUAAUUAUAAUUAGUCGUUGUAUUUCUAUGACAUUACUAACCAUACUACAUUUACAUUACUAAAUGGCUGGGUUUUUAAAUGAUGGCCAUAGCACUAAAUGUGUUUUGAUGUGUUCAUGCAGGACCACGAGGUGCAGGAGGAGAACAUUGCGCUGGUCUCUCUGCUCAUGGCAGAGUUGGGAGUGCACUCGGUGGCCUAUGCAUUCCCCAAGGUCAAAAUCAUCACCACCGCUGUGGACAAGAGUGUUGAUGACUUCCUGCAAGUCAUUCCAGGGAUUGGUGGGUUUGGCAUUGAUAUAGCUAACAUGUCUUACCCCAUACACUAGUACAAACCACUCCCUCCUGUAGUAACCCACUGGGCACAGAUGUCAGUUCAACGUUUGGUUGAGUUGUCAACUAAUGUGAAUUCAAUGUGAAAUCAAUAAAACAUUUCACCAUGUCAUUGGAUUUAGGUUAAAGGUUGCUUGAAAGAAAAUGCAUUGAUGACUUUUUGUAAAUCCAAUUGGUUUUCCAAGUUGAUUCAAUGUCAUCACAGAGUUUUUGGGUUUGUAAGUAAGCAUUUCACUGUAAUGUCUGCACCUGUUGUAUUCGGCGCAUGUGACCAAUAAAAUUUGAUUUGAUUUGAUUUGAUUAAAUGACGUGGAAUCAACGUUGAUUCAACCAGUUUUUGCCCAGUGGGAUGUCUGAUGUCACAGUGAUGUCUGAUGUGUUGCUCCAUGUAAUGAAACUCUAUAUUUCUGUGUGUUCUGUUGAUACAGGGGACUUUGGAGACCGUUACUUUGGGACAGAUGGUGGAUCAUCAGGCUGGAGUGGCGAUGAGGAACAGGAGCGCCCCAAACAACAAACAUGAACGGGAUUCUGUGAAACACAAGGUUAAAGGCAAGCCUCGUGAAACCAGACUGUGACCUUGUGAGAUCAGGCUGGUUUAACAAGGCUAGUUAAGGGCAGGAUUGCCCGGCAACACCAGUCACAUUCCAUUUAGCUGCUAUAAAUAGACAACAAAUGGUUCUCUAUAAACAAGUCAAUAGUCAAAUGUAUGUACAGCAAGACAUUUUGUAUUCUAUUUUAUGGUACAUAUUAGAAGAUUUUAAUGGAGUGAUUAUUGUUCUAUUUAUACAGUUGGAUUGUUCAGUUCUGGACUGCUCAAGCAGAAAAUGUUUAUAUAUGGGGCUACAUGAAACUGAAUCAGUUUCAUCCCCUCUGAAGAGGAUGCUAUCUUGACAAUUGCGAUGCUAUCUUGGCAAUUUUAU